UUAGUAUCUCUAUCUCUCUCUCUCUCUCUCUCUCUCUCUCUCUCUCUCUCUCUCUACUUUGCUCCAAUGCUCACCUCCUCUCAAAGAUUACUUUGCCUCCUCCCAUGCUCAAAUCAAAGAUACAAAACCAUCAUCUCACCUCCAUGCUCUCCAUCUCCAUCUCUCUCUCCUCUGCAUGCUCACUGUUUGAUGAAAUGCCCCAGAGACCAAAAACACCUCCUAACAAAAUGGCCCAACAAUUUCAUUCCCCUAUGGUUCAUGUCAAAGAUUACAACGUCCCUUCACUCUCACACAAUCUCUCAAGCAAGUUCUCUUCUACGAUGUUACCGCUGAAACGCCGAGCUAUACUACAUCUCCUUCGUUCUCGCAUCAGAGAAAACGAUAUCCUAACGGCGAUGCAAUUGCACUCUCCUGUGUUGAAAUACGGGUACUCGUCGGAUGUUUACGUAGCAAGCGUGCUCGUGGAUACGUAUGCGAAAUGUGGGUUUGUUGAGGAUGCCCACAAGGUGUUUGUUGAUAUCUCUGUGAGAGACUUGGUGCUGUGGAAUGUGAUGGUGUCUUGCUAUGCCUUGAAUGGUCUUGGUGAAGAAUCUCUUAAGGUGUUUGUGUUGAUGAGAUUAAAGGGAUUUUUCGGUGAUGGGUUUACCUUUAGUAGCUUGCUCAGUGCUUGUAGCUCCUUGGGUUGUUGUGAACUAGGAAGGAUGAUUCAUAGUCUUAUUGAAAAGUUGGGUCUUAGUUGUGAUGUAGUUGUUGGUAGCGCACUAGUUGAUAUGUAUGCAAAAUGCUGUGAGAUCGUUGAUGCUCGCAGGGCCUUUGAUGCUAGGGGUGCUCGGAAUGUUGUCUCGUGGAACGCAAUGAUUGUUGGUUACGGGCAAUGUGGCGAAGGUAAAGAGGCUAUGAAGCUUCUUAGUCGGAUGAUCAAAUUCGGAUUUAAGCCUGAUGAACUCACACUCGCUAGUAUUCUUAGCUCUUGCGCCCAUAUAGCGGCGACCAAUGAGACUACUCAAGUCCACGGUUACGCGGUUAAAAUGGGUUUCCAAGAUUUCGUGUCGAUAGGAAAUGCUCUUAUUAUUGCUUACGCCAAGAAUGGUUUCAUAGAUGAUGCAUUUAACUCCUUUUGUUUGAUCACUGGGCCUGACUUGGUUACAUGGUCAUCAAUGGUUUCUUCUUAUGCAUACCAUGGACUUCCUACCGAUGCAAUUGAUCUGUUCGAGAAAAUGUUGCGAGAAGGAAUAAGGCCGGAUGGAGUCGCCCUUUUAGGGGUUCUCUCUGCUUGUAGUCAUGCAGGGCUUGUGGAAGAAGGGUUGAGAUAUUUUGCUUCUAUGAGAAAUGAAUAUCAAAUUAGUCUGAAUUCGGAGCAUUAUACUUGUUUGGUUGAUUUGCUAGGUAGAGCUAAUCAACUUGAGGUUGCCUACAGUGUUCUAAGUAAUAUGUGCUUGAAACCUGAUGCUGAUGUGCUUGGAGCUUUUAUUGGUGCUUGUAAAGUUCACGGCAACACUCGGUUGGCGAAAUGGGCUGCGGAAAAGCUUUUCGAGUUACAACCAAGUGAGCCAGUGAAUUACAAACUCAUGUCCAAUAUCUACUCAUCUACGGGACAAUGGGAGGAUGUUGCUACAGUGAGAAGCACGAUGAGGACUAAAUGUGGCACCAACGUGCCGGGUUGUAGUUGGAUAGAGAUCGGUGGAACGGUUCGCUCCUUCGUCUCCAAUGACAUUUCAUAUGUGCAGGCAUUAGAGAUUCGGAAAAUGUUGAGAGUGCUUGUUACACUGAUGCAGGAAGCUAGCAUGAUUGAUGAAAUUUUGAUGGAUCAUGAACUAGCAGUUAUGUAAAUACCAAAUUGUUCUAGUUUAUCCUAUGUAUUAUUAGUGGGACUUCCAAGUGCUGUUCAUCUCACUGGACAAGUUCACCUAUCAACUGCAAAGUAUGCUAGAAUUUUAUCAUGCUGUCUGCUCAGGUGGCAGUUCCUCACAAAACUCCUUUCAAUUGAUUCAAAUCAGAUGCAUGAAGGUUCUUGAGAUUGCUUGUUUUCUCUGUCCAUUGGAGCCUACAAGAAAGUAAGAUGACAUGAAUGGCAUACUAGAAAUUGAGAAUGUGGUGGUGCUCAAACUCUCUGGACAUUUGAAUUAAUUAUGAGGCUUGAUGACCAUUUUCAUUCAUCAGUUCCCAGGUGGAAAUUCAUGGCUAUUGCCCGAGAACUUUUUCAAGUCAUGAAGGAACUGAACCUGCAUUUUCAUGGUUGCUUAUAUUUGUUUUUGCAGCCAAAAAUUAUUUGAUAUGUUUAUAGAGUACAAAACAUCAAAAAGAGAUUUAAGGAUUGUUUGGUUACACAGAGUUAUUGAGUUGUAACUGCACUGUAGUUGAAAUUGGAUGUAAAUUUAAAUAUGAUAUUUGGUUUGGUUAACUUAAAUUCAACUGCUAUAAUGGGAACCGUAAAAGGAGGCUUAAGCACAGGAGUUGAAAUUACAUUCAAAUUGGCUAUAGUUUUAGCUGCAAUAUAAAAUAUAAUAGUUGGAAAGAGUAAUUUUGAACAAAGGUAAACUUACUUAAUCACCUUUUAAAUGGAAAAAAAAAUCUUCUACACAGGUGUUAAUCUCACAACCUCAUAUAUAGAGUGAUAAAACGUAUAAAUACAAUUCCAAACUAUAUUUGAUCAAACAAAUUAUUUAUAAUGACAACGAU